GAAAAGAGGGUGUGGGCGGCUUCCCUGCUCCUCUAUUCCCCCCCCCCCCCACUCUGGGCUCGUCUUUUCCAGGCCAGUCUCUUCAGAUUUAGGGCCACUCGGGUGGAAUCCCCUAGCCAGCAGCGUUCAGGGCUCGGGACCCAGUGCAGCAGGCAGCGCGCACGGAGCAGAACGACCUGGGGGCGCGGCGCCCUGAAGGCGGGACCCCGCAGACCACCGGAGGGGCAGGGCUCUGGUUGCGCCACGCCCCCGCCAGGGCCGCAGGGGAGACCCGCCGGGUGUCGGUGAACUUGCAGCUUGGCGGCCCGAGGCUCCCGCUCGGGUUGCUGCGGCGGCAGCUGCUUCCUGGUUUGAAGCUCGCCGAGGGGGGUGGGGGGGAGCGUGAGCCCGAGGAGGCGGGGGCAGGAGCAGAAGCGGGAGGAGGCGGGGAAGAGCCUCUCCGGGCUCAGGCUCACCGGACGGGUCGCUCCGGCUCUCCAGGGAGAGGAGCUUCCCGGCUCGGGAAAAGGGGCGAGUCCUGGGCGAAGCCGCGGGAAGCGCAGCGCGCUCGAAAGGGAGGUCGGGCCAUCCCGGCCCGCUGAGGGCUAGGUGCCGGGCUCCCCUCCUUUCCACCUCGCGAGGAGGGAAGGAGGGAGGGAGGGAAAGAGGGGAGGAGAAAGUCCUGCGGAGGAGGCAGAAUGGCCGGUGGAGGGGGUCUUGUCGGACGCCGCUUUCUCCGGGAACUGCCUCCCCUCUUGCGGCUGCCGCGGGCUCUGGCCUGAGCCGUGCUCUCUCGCUGCGACCUCCGGGGGGACUCCGGGGGGCCCCGGGCAGCGGCGCCGGCAUGUCGUCGUCGGGCACCAUGAAGUUCAAUGGCUACUUGAGAGUUCGCGUCGGCGAGGCGGUGGGGCUGCAGCCCACUCGCUGGUCCCUGCGCCACUCGCUUUUCAAGAAGGGUCACCAGCUGCUGGACCCCUACCUGACUGUAAGCGUGGACCAGGUGCGCGUGGGCCAGACCAGCACCAAGCAGAAGACCAACAAGCCCACGUACAACGAGGAGUUCUGCGCCAACGUCACCGACGGCGGCCACCUCGAGCUGGCGGUCUUCCAUGAGACGCCCCUGGGCUACGACCACUUUGUGGCUAACUGCACCCUGCAAUUCCAGGACCUGCUGCGCACCGCCGGCACCUCAGACACCUUCGAAGGCUGGGUGGAUCUAGAGCCAGAGGGGAAAGUAUUUGUGGUGAUAACCCUAACAGGAAGUUUCGCUGAGGCUACUCUCCAAAGAGACCGAAUCUUCAAACACUUUACCAGGAAGCGCCAAAGGGCUAUGCGAAGGCGAGUCCACCAGAUCAAUGGACACAAGUUUAUGGCCACGUACCUGAGGCAGCCAACCUACUGCUCUCACUGCAGGGAGUUCAUCUGGGGAGUGUUUGGGAAACAAGGUUAUCAAUGCCAAGUGUGCACCUGUGUUGUCCAUAAGCGCUGCCAUCAUCUCAUUGUUACAGCCUGCACUUGCCAAAACAAUAUCAACAAAGUGGAUUCAAAGAUUGCUGAACAGAGGUUUGGAAUCAACAUCCCACAUAAGUUCAAUGUCCACAACUACAAGGUGCCAACGUUCUGCGAUCACUGUGGCUCCUUGCUUUGGGGGAUCAUGCGGCAAGGACUUCAGUGUAAAAUCUGUAAAAUGAAUGUCCACAUUCGAUGUCAGGCAAAUGUAGCACCUAACUGUGGGGUCAAUGCAGUGGAACUCGCCAAGACCCUGGCAGGGAUGGGCCUCCAGCCUGGAAAUAUUUCUCCAACCUCGAAGCUCGUUUCCAGAUCAACUCUAAGACGCCAGGGAAGAGAGAGCACCAAAGAAGGAAAUGGGGUUGGGGUUAGUUCUUCCAACCGAAUGGGCAUUGAUAACUUUGAGUUCAUCCGAGUCUUGGGGAAGGGGAGCUUUGGCAAGGUUAUGCUUGCAAGGAUAAAAGAAACAGGAGACCUCUAUGCCGUGAAGGUGCUAAAGAAGGACGUGAUCCUACAGGAUGACGAUGUAGAAUGCACGAUGACGGAGAAAAGGAUCCUGUCCUUGGCGCGCAACCACCCCUUCCUCACUCAGCUGUUCUGCUGCUUCCAGACCCCUGACCGUCUCUUUUUCGUGAUGGAGUUUGUAAAUGGGGGCGACCUGAUGUUUCACAUUCAGAAGUCUCGCCGUUUUGAUGAAGCACGAGCUCGAUUCUAUGCUGCAGAGAUCAUCUCAGCGCUCAUGUUCCUCCAUGACAAAGGAAUCAUCUAUAGAGAUCUAAAACUCGACAAUGUACUCUUGGACCAUGAGGGUCACUGUAAACUGGCAGACUUUGGAAUGUGCAAGGAGGGGAUCUGUAAUGGAGUCACCACAGCAACUUUCUGUGGCACGCCUGACUAUAUUGCUCCAGAGAUCCUCCAGGAAAUGCUGUAUGGACCAGCAGUAGACUGGUGGGCAAUGGGUGUGCUGCUCUAUGAGAUGCUGUGUGGCCAUGCACCCUUUGAGGCAGAGAAUGAAGAUGACCUCUUUGAAGCCAUCUUGAAUGAUGAAGUGGUCUACCCUACAUGGCUCCAUGAAAAUGCCACAGGAAUUCUAAAAUCUUUUAUGACCAAGAACCCUACCAUGCGCUUAGGCAGCCUAACUCUGGGUGGUGAACAUGCCAUCUUAAGACAUCCUUUCUUCAAGGAAAUUGACUGGGCCCAGCUCAACCAUCGCCAGCUGGAACCACCUUUCAGACCCAGAAUCAAGUCCCGAGAAGAUGUCAGUAACUUUGACCCUGACUUUAUAAAGGAGGAGCCAGUUUUAACACCCAUUGAUGAGGGACAUCUUCCCAUGAUUAACCAGGAUGAAUUUAGAAACUUUUCAUUUGUGUCACCAGAAUUACAACCGUAACCUGACGAGGAAAGAGACAGUAUGAAAAUCAAGAGGAUUGAGACUUUUCCCCAGGAAUUUCUUUUGUGGGGAAACUCCCCAGCAUCAUUGGCCUUAGAACAAGAACUCUUCCUUCAGGAAGCAGAUGAAGAACGACACUUCAAGAGGUCAAUUAUUUUAAGUCCUGAGGGACCCAUGGUACUGGAAGUAGUUGAUACCAAAAUGGGAUAUAAUGCUCAGCUUUUUCUGACUUGGAAUAUUAAUAGCAACCAGUAGGAGCUAAGGUGUGAAGGAAAGAGGAAAAAAAAAAAAAAGCUAAAUCACAGAUACUCUGAGCCAAACAGGCUUUUUACUUUAAGAGGCAAAUCUGGACUGUGUGCAGUAAGUACUCUGUGCUCUUUAAAAAAACAAUGGGAACCUUAGUACAAACAGUACUGCAGUAAAUCACUAGAUGCUAAUGAAUGUAAAGAUAAGAAA